GUCUGUGCUGUAGUGAAGAUCACAGAUGACUUAGAAUUUGCAACCAGUAUAAUCCAGAUCACAUGCUGGACUACAGUUAUUUAUUUGAUACUUACGCAGCGAUUUUGAUUUGAUUUUUUUUUUUUUUUUUUUUUGUACUUGGAGGACGGAAUUGUGCCACAUUGGAGCUUCCCGGUGUGCUUAAGUGGACGGCAUCAGUCUGUCCAGAAGCGAGCUUCGAGCUUGUACUGAAUACUUGUGGCAAGAUGAAUAAGUUAUAGCUAAAUGGGCUUAUUUAUGGGUUACCCAAAUCUCUAAUUUAACCACCUUGCAGCAGCAGCGCGCACUAAUCUUUCUCAUGUGGACCAGACACGCUCUCUUUUGCGCAGACUAAGCCGGAGAUUUCCUGCCGACUGGAUACAGCUUGAGUUCAAACUUUUUUCUUUGUCUUUUUUGCAUCUUUAAUCGUAAACGGUUCUUUAGCAUCAGUGAUGACAGAGAAUAGUGAAAUGGAGAGCGACUCGCAGCUCCAGCGGUCCCCAAGCAACAUACCCAUCCAGCCCAUGACAUCCAAGCUCCAGAGACUAAAACGUUCUCUGUCCUUCAAGACCAUGAUGCGCAGUAAGAGUGUGGAGAACUUCUUCCAGAGGUCUUACAGCGAUGCUCGCCUGCCCCCAGACUUCAUCACAGACCCUCCACCUCCGUCUCCGCCUCUGCCGCCUGGUUCUCCUCUUGUUGGGGAGCGCUCACCAUCCAUUUCACCAUCUCUCAGCCCCAACCCUUCUAUCUCCUCCCAUUCCCCCUCUCUCAGUCACUCCCCAUCACUGCCCACCAAGCCUCCACGGCCUCAGAUUACCCAUUGUUUCCAGGACCACGUCUUUCGCAAGCCAACCAACUGCCAGCACUGCAAGCACAUGAUAGUGGGAAACUCCAAACAAGCUCUGCGGUGUAAAACUUGCAAGAUGGCUGCUCACCUGUGGUGCACAUCAGAACUAUCACAACAGCUGUGUCAUGGAAAGUCUGGAGCAUUCAAGCGAAACUUCAGCUCGCCGAUGCUCGUGAAUGACCAAUUGGCUGUCGUCAAGGAAGUUCAACCGAGCCAAGAGGCUGUGAGGAUGCGUGUAGACCCUGUGUAUGCCGCCUUGCGCUAUGGGACGUCUUUGGCACAGAUGAGCCGUUCCAGUUUUGGCAGUUUGUCAGAAUCACCAACACGCAGUUUGGAGGAGGGAGGUGAGGAGCAGCAGCGACAGUGCAGCAUGGAGGAGGAAAUAAUUCAGGAGACAGGGGAUGCACCUGUCCCUGACACAGAGAUGGAGAUGGAGAAGGAGAUUGACGAGACCAGUGAGCAAGCUCAGAUUCCUGCAGAGGAAAGCAGCAUGAAGGUGCCCAAACGCAUUGAAGUCCAUUCCAUCCACACCUAUGUAGCCCUCUACAGGUUUAUGCCUCAAGAACAGAAUGACCUGGAACUACAUCCUGGCGAUCGGGUGCAGGUCACUGACGACUCUAAUGAAGAAUGGUGGAAGGGUAAAAGUGGGGACAGAGUCGGGUUUUUUCCUGCCAACUUUGUGCAAAGAGUCCGGCCAGGCGAGCGGGUGUGGCGUGUCGUCCAGGGCGUGUCUGGCAACCGGGAGAGGGGUCAUAUGGCAGUGAGGGAAUCCCAGAUAUGUGUUGGGAAAAGAGAGGAUGGUGAGGUGUUUCUGAAGCUGAGCAGUGGCAAGAAGAGAGGAUUGGUCCCAGCUGACUCCAUAGAGGAGAUCUGAACCAUCCUUCCACCUCCAGUUCUACUCCCUGCAAAGAUGCAUCUAUCUUUAAACUAUCAGCACCACACCUCAUCCCACCCCCUCUGGAAAAAUGGCUGCCUUAGCCUCUCCAACUGCAAAGAUGCAGACUCUCCCAAGAUAAACACAUGGCAUCCAGCUGAAUUGGUCGAAUAUAAAACCUUUAACUGAGUUAUGCAGUCUCUCUGCUCUUAUAAAGGACGUGAUUCUCAGCAGCCAAAUGUCACUUUAUGUUCACCUUUUCAAACUCUGUAAUGUCAAUGUUUAGUUAGACAGUGAUGCACAAGUAAAAAUGCUUCAAACGUCUGACAGAUUUAGCUUUUCGUCAUCAAAGUCUUUUGAAUCCUGAAUCGUGUCACAGAACCAUCAUGCAUGUGUCGAUUUCCUUUUCUUGUUUCUACCCACUGGGCGUGUCUCAUCCCUAUCUGCUCCUUUUGGGGUUUUUGCCCUGGGGACUGAUAUCAGGUUCAUGCACUGCUGCAUAACAAGAGACUUACACCAAGAACAACCACUGCCAUCCAUAGAAAGCUAAACUGCCGCUCAGAGAGACAGCCGAAUCAGAUGAAGGAGCUCACACAAACUUAAAGUCUGCAGCUGCCGUACAACUACGCUCACCAGUUACAGAAUGCAAAGGACAAUUUUUGCUCCUGAGGAUCUUUUUACAAGAACCUUAAGCUUGAAUUGUCUUGACAUUUUUUGUGCUAAAUAACAAUUAAAUGUGCUGUAAAAUGCUUUAGUAAAAUUAAAUUUUUUGGAUGAAAGCCUAAUUGACCUGGCAGACCCCAGGCUUCACACAAAGACUCUUUUUCAGCUAUAAACAAGAACUUGAACUUACAAGGAUUGCUUGAAAAGCAAUUCUUUUCAAAUGAUAUCACUGCAUAUUUUUUUGUGAAAUAUGUCUCCACUCAGCUGCAGCAGUGAUCGUCUAGGGUCUAUAUCAUGUCUUACUGUUUCAGGCACAGAUGAUGUGGAAGAAAUCAAAAUAUGGUGGAAGGAUGAAACAUUGAAGUCUCUCAAGGAAAAAAUGUUGUUUCGGAAGGUUGUGGAAAAUUGUUGUUUCAGAGACUUGUCAACAAGUGUGGAUGUUACAAGUGACAGAAGCUGUUUUCCUGUUUGCUCAUGAGAGAGCUUGCUGUGCACAAAAAGGGUGGUGUCUGCAGAGACCUGCUCUUAGCCUCAGCGGGUGUUGCAAGCGCUGCUCUGCAUUAUAACAUGUUCACCAGAGCUUAAACAGCAGGAAAUAAACUGCAGCCAUUCUGCCUGAAAAACAGCAACACAAUGGGGAUCUUUCUGACCAUGACACAAGUCUUAGUUCCACCAAUAGAUUGGAGGAUGCAGGGAAGCAGGGGGAAGGAGGUGGUGCAGUGAGAGGAAUGGCACGAGUGUUAUGAGUCAACAUGCAUUCAGGUAGUGUUGUACCCAUGGGUGCACAAGUCAUCACUGAUCAAAUGUCAGCUUGCCUUCUUCUACUCCCCAUUUGGCCUCUGUUGUCCUCAUUUUAUUGAUGUGACUGGCGAAUUUUGACAUGAUAUGAACACAUUUUUUCCUGUAUGCUUUGGAUAGCUUGGACAUCUACUGAUUUAUUAUCUAAAUAAUAAAUUUAAUGCAUUUUAUAAAACAACACCUUGGCUAGAGUGAGGAUGCAUCCAUUUUGCAUUUGGAGGACCAUGAAAAUGACCUGAAGCAGAGAAGACACAUUCGGAUGAGUUUUAUUAAAUAACUGAGCAUAUUUGCUGUUUGUCAAAGAACAGAUUGAGCAAAAUAUCCUUUAUUAGACAGCAUUUCAUCUGUGAAAAUCUUUAGAGGUUGAAACAGAUAAGCAUCUCUUCUUGGAAAAAUACAUGUAUCAUUUUAUUGCGUAUCAUUUGAUCAAGUUGCAGUUUAUAUUCAAAUGUCUCCAUGAUAAUAACUGUUGUAUGAAACAAUACUUUAAGUGCAACUUCACUUCAACAUGAAGCUGUUCAUCUGAUGAGCCGAGGGUCUGUUUGUCACGUAACAGAAAAAACAGCAAGAGACUUCUGGAGAAAUAUGGUGUCAGAUCAAAACUGUAUUCAUGUAGACAUCUUGUUAUCCUACACAGCACCUAAGUUUUGUUGCAUCACACCUGAGUUUUUAAAAAAAGAAAAAACAUGUAACGUAUAUGUUUUAAUGUGGCCUGUGUCUAGAGUCCUUGUUCAGCAACUUACCUCAA